CACACAACAACAAAACAAGCAAAUUAAUGUGGAUGAUUUGAUAUCUUAAAUUAAAACAGGUCACAUCUUAUAUUUUAACAUUGCUCUUUAUUGAAGAUAAUUACAUCUGUUUUCGUGAACUUAUUGUAAAAGCAAGUUUCCCCUUUCUAGAAGUGAAGCACGGACAACUCCCGACUGUAGGAGUCAAUGAACAGCAAUGAAGAAGUGGAAGCGGCGCCAGGAUCGUCGUGACAGGUGGUACAGAGGAGACCGACAGAGAUCAUCUAGCAACGACCAGUGGCAUGGCUAUAAUGAUGCUUGGCCAUCUCACAGAGCAGCUCUGAGGGAACCCCAUAACGAACUUGCCCCAGCUUCAUCACCCCCAGCCUCUUCUUCCUCCUCUAAAUCCACCAGUGGAGUACCAGAGCUGCCCGGUUUCUACUUUGACCCUGAGAAGAACCGCUACUUCCGUCUGCUUCCUGGACACAACAACUGCAACCCGCUGACCAGAGAGCAGCUGAAAGAAAAGGAACGGGAGAAACAGAGGCAACAGAGCCUGGCAGAAGAUGAAAACCCAAGAAAAAAAGCCCCAAGAACUGGACUGAACACCUCCUUGUUGCUGCAGAAAAGGCAUCUUGGGCUGUUGCCUAAUAACUCCUAUUGCAGGCUCAUCCACGAGGUGAAAGUCAGCGGGAUGAGGCGCCACAAGCUGGAGAUCCAGAGCACAGACAACAGCCACCCAAACACCGACAACUUCAGGAUCAUCGUGGGGGAUUCUGUGUGCGAACGAGUGUUCACCGUCAACGACGUCUCUCACGGCGGCUGCAAGUACGGCAUCAUGAACUUCAGCAGCGGCAGCCGGGGCUCGCUCUCCGUCGAGAUGUGCGACAACCUCUACUUCACCAACCGCAAGGUGAAUUCCAUCUGCUGGGCCUCGGUGAACUACCCCGACUCUCACGUCCUGCUGUGUCUGGUGGGAGCGGCUGACACCCCGGGCUGCGUCAGCUUACUACCCGCGUCGCUCUUCAGCAACUCUAACCCAGAUCAGCCAGGGAUGUUGUGUAGCUUCAAGAUUUCUACGGCCUGGUCCUGCGCCUGGUGCCUCAACCCGCAGUUCGACAAGAGCUUCAGCACGGGCCUGUCUCGCCGUGUCAUCGUCAAGGACGCGGAGACGGGACGAACGCAGACGUACGGCGUCGGCACCGACGUCCUGGCGCAGCAUUUUGCUCUCAGGGUUCCCGUCCUGUUCAACGGCUGCCGAUCGGGGGAGAUCUUCAGCAUAGACCUCCGGCAGCGAGGCCGCCGGGAUCACAGCUGGAAGGCCCGGCGCUUCCACCACGAGUCGGCCAUCACCUCCGUGCGAGUCCUGCAGGAUGAGAACUACCUGCUGGCUGCAGACAUGUUGGGCCAGAUCAAGAUGUGGGACGUGCGAGCGACGAAGCCAGUGCUGGAGUACAAAGGACAUUACAACGAGCACGCCUACCUCCCCAUUCAUGUCAACGAGCACGAAGGCCUCUUGCUAGCAGUGGGCCAAGACUGCUACACAAGGCUGUGGAGCCUAAAGGACGGUCACCUGUUAAGGACCAUCCCAUCCCCGCAUCCUGCAGCCAACGACAUGAUCCCCAAUGUGGUCUUCUCCUCUAACCUGGGCGGCAGCAGGGGGCUGCCCGGACUGCUCAUGGCCGUCAAACACGACCUGUACUACUACCCGUACAACACCGACUACCAGGAGGGAGAAGAGCUGGCGCUUUGAGUCAAAACGACAGCAUGAAUUAAAAAACAGUGACCUGCUGCCGUGGCGAUGUCGUCCAGGAGGCUGAAUGUAGUCCAGGGUUUAUGGGAAACGUGGACGCGGUCCACAGACGUGCGGAUCGUUGACCAGAGCUGGGUUUGGGUGAUGCACUUUACAGAUAUACGUUGAAACGGCCGAUGUACGCUCAAGAUGCAGAGUAAAGUCAGGAGUAAACGGAGCUACAGAAACUUAAUUAUUAUUUAGUUUUAUUAGAGCUUUUCUUUAAAAAAAAGGGCUUUCCUUUUUACUUUACCAUUUUUUUUAACAUUACAAGCACAAACGUCCCUGAGU